UUUUGAAAGGUGCCUAUUGUUGUGUGGCGCGAGAUAGGCAAUUGAAACUCGCGAAAUGUAUUGUUUGUAUUGAAAUAAUUGCGCCUUUCAGCUCAGCAAUGAUUCGCACUGCACCAACUCACCGUUCGCAAUCGAAGCCAACGUUGAUGGACGCUUUGCGUGUUGCCUCUUGUGCAGCAGCCCCCGCAGCAGCGGUUGACAGCGCUAAAUCUGAAGACGAGUUGUUCGCCGAACUCUACGUCUCCGCCAGUAAAAAACCAGGUGCGGAGAGUCCAGUUCCUCGCUUUCACUACAAGCUGCCCUCCGACGACAACGUCCUGUCGCAAAAAUUGAGAGAGGAGUCUCGCGCGAGGUUUUUGGAGCGUCGUAACGCCGAACUCUUGGACCACGACGAGCUGAAGACGCUCAUGGACGAAUUGGCCAACGUGUCCUCUCCUCCGAUCGUACACGAAAAGGCCAUGCUCAACUACGUAGAUUUCAAGAAAGUUUCUCAACGUUGCGGCGAAAAAUGUCGGUCCUUCUUCACUGCCAAGGUGUUCGCUAAGCUUCUGCAAAAGGACCCGUACGGCCGAAUAUCCGUAGACGACUUCUUCAACUACGUCAUGAAGAAAGUGUGGAUGCAACAGACUCGUGUUAGCCUCUCUUUCUACGACGCUUCAGGCCAAGGCUACCUGAGAGAGGCUGACCUGGAAUCGUACAUCAAGGAUCUCAUACCCACCCUGCCCCAGAUUAACGGCAUCGAGCAAACAUUUCACUCUUUCUAUGUGUGCACGGUGCGGAAGUUCUGCUUCUUUCUCGAUCCCCUGCGAACUGGAAGGAUAAAGAUACAGGACAUCCUGUGUUGCCCGUUCCUCGACGACCUCACAGAGCUUCGCAGCGACAAGCUGACCAGUACCGAUUUGGACACAAACUGGUUUUCCGCCACAUCGGCCCUCAAAGUUUACGGCGAUUACCUGCACUUGGACAAGACGCAUAACGGAAUGUUAAGCAAGAGUGAGCUUGCCAGGUAUGGCAAGGGAACGCUGACGCAGGCCUUCAUCGACAGAGUCUUUCAGGAGUGCCAGACGUACGACGGGGACAUUGACUACAAGACGUACCUCGAUCUCGUCUUGGCUCUGGAAAACCGCAAAGAACCGCAGGCGCUGCAAUUCUUCUUUCGAAUCCUGGAUAUCAAUGGCCGUGGUUACUUGGAUGUCUUCUCACUGAACUACUUUUUCCGAGACAUACAGGAGCAGAUGAGAAAACAUGAACAGGAACCGGUGAAGUUUGAGGACGUGAAAGACGAAAUAUUCGACAUGGUGAAGCCGGAGGACCCGUGCAAAAUUACCCUGAAGGACCUCAUACGUUGUGGUAAAGGCAGCACAGUAGUCAGCAUCCUCAUAGACGUCAAUGAAUUCUGGGCCUAUGAUAACAGGGACACACUGGCUGCAGAUGUCUGACUGCUACACUGCCAACAUUCAGCUGACUUUCUCUGUGUAUGUAGGACCUCACAUGGCAACACCAUGGACAGUACUGGUUACAUGCCUGCCUGUUUCCACUUAAAUGGCAACACCAGCCACAACAUUGGCUCAGUAGUUACGGUGCUCGGCUGCUGACCCGAAUCACACAAGUUUGAUCUCGACCAUGGUGGUUGCAUUUUGGUGGAGGCGAAAUGCUAGGAUGUCGAUGGACAUCCUAGCAUCAAAGAACCCAAGGUGGUUGAAGUUAUCUGAAGUCCUCCUCUACGGCAACUCCCAUAGCCCGAGUAUCUUUGGGGCAUUAAACCCCGACCAACCAAACUUAUGUGUCAACAUCUUCAGGCGCCAUGUAAUUGUCAGUUUACACAUUUCACAUGGUUCAUGCAUCCUCAGCAUCAAUACACUUAUGCAAAAGUAAUAUUACUAUGCACUAUAUUACUGCUCUCCUUUGAUCAUUUUUAUUUGCUUACAAUUGCUUUGUACAGAAUGUGCCAAUGCAGUCUUUGACUACGGCACUUACUUCAGUGCAUCAAAUUAAUGCAUGUAACUUUAACAUACCUAUAAUCAACUUUUAUGCAUAAUACAAGCAUAAGAAUGUAUCAAAUACAUACCUGUGAUGUCUGCACAUAGUGCAGUGCACAUACUUUAAGGAAUAAGAUUGUUCCGGUGUAUUAUGAAUGUGUCCUGCAGCGUACUUGUCAUAAAAGAAGGUACAGUGUGCCUUUGUUACUUAGCUCACUGCACAAACAUUUUAUCCGUUAUCUUAGAAUGGUCUCUUAAAGAUGCACUGCAAAAUAAUUAUAUAGCAGCCAAGUACACAUCCAUUUGCAUAUGCUUACAAAAAUAUUGACAUAAAUUGGGAAUACAGACAUAUCUCAAACAUGCAACUACACAUUUCACUUAGCAUUGAGGUUAGGCAUGUUUGUCUUUCAUGCAAGACCUUGAGGCACGAAUUAUGUCAGAUUUUCCAUAAAAGUCAGAUUUACAGAACUUUGUUUGGAGGCACUCUACAGUCUACUAUAAGAAAAGCAAGGUGAUAUUGUGAUCUGUGCAUCCUUUAGCAAUUCACCAAAUUGGUGUGUGUAAUUAAACAUCUCAUUACAGUCAUUUGUGAUGUGUUUUUGCUUAAGAGUAACCAAAUCUUAAGCUUGAAGCACAUGCCCAAUUUAUUAUCAUUUGCGUUGAUACUCAUACAAGAACUAUACUUAGAAUAACAGAGAGCUGAGCUAGUUGAUAAGUCUUUUAGAAUGGAAGAAUUGUACUUUUGACGAAGCUGCCAGAACACGGCACAUCAAACAACUAAUCAAACUUGGUAGUGCAAUAUGCAGCGUACUGAAAUU